UAUCCAGACCAAACAAUACCUGUAAGAUUUGGUUUGAUUUAGUCUGGACCAUGCAAACCACAUUGAGCAUAAACUGAAAAGCUUUUUUAGUCAACCACACGGAAAAUCUAACUAAUAACUAAGAAAAAAAUAUUUUUUGUCUUACUUAAAACAUAAAUUUCAAUACACGUGCAUAAUUUUGAUAUCAUAAUUCUGAGUAAAUAACAAAAACACAAAGUCAGGGCAACCCAACUUGCACCAUAAUGUCAUAAACAUUAUCAUAAUGUAAGGUGGAGACACGAUUGUCUUUAUUAUGAGGCAGAGUAUGGUUUAGGAGUGAAGGAGGAGACGGAUUUAAAAAUUAGGGUUGAGAGUUGGGUCUCGCUUAGAAGUUGCGAGAGUGGUUGAGUGAGUUGCUAACACAAAUUGAAAAGUAGAAUGGGUCCACAAUUUGGUCUGCAAAUCGUGGUCUUGACCAGGCCAAGAUAUCAAGAUAUCCUUUAAUGUAGACCAUAGACUAGACUAAAUCAUUCUUAACGGUCUAUCGUACGAACCAAACAACACAAUCUAAUUUGGUUCAUAAUUUUUUAAAUGGUCUAGUCACGAUUUUUUAAAUGGUGUGGUCUAUUUUUUCCGCGCUAACAUAGACAUGUUCUUUAUUAGUGUUGGGGGUAUUACAAAGGAAAGCCCAAAAGAAAGCCUAAUAACCCAGCAAGGUAAAAUAUCACUAUGGGGAAAGCCCAUACGCAAGCCCAGAUAGGUAGGUCGGGCCCAGAUAGCUGAGUCGGCCAGGAAGGGGAGGCGCAUAGAGACAAGGAUCGCUAACUGAAAAGGAAGUACAGAUUGUUCAUGGUCCCCCCCAUUGGGCGCCUAGUACUUGUCAGAAGAACAGUCAUGUUUGUCGGGGCGCCCAGAUUGGUUGAGGUACGGAGCAUUAAAUGCAUUGGUGACAUAAGGUUGAAAGGAAGGAGCCCAGUUGAAAAUAGCACCGGUAGGUAGCAUUUAUGCAGGUUGGAUUCUCUCACUAAACUAGAGUUUGACACUUCUCUCUUUAGGAAUCAAACUAACUUGAUCGUCAGAAUAUUAACGAGCUUGUUCGCCCCCUCCGUGAGUUUGUGUAUAGGUGAGGCGCCUAAGAAGAACAAGAAGACUGUGGUCCGUGGGAGCCUGAAGAGUGUGGGACCCAAAAUUUUUGCUCAAACAAUUGACGCGCCACGAAGGGGUCGACGAGCUGAUAACUUUAAAGAUGGAGGCACCCAUGAGUGGGGAGGAUGAGCAAGUUACGGGGGAUCCCUACCAAGGGUCAAGGGAACGGACGCCUAGCGGAACUGAGGAAGGGAGCGAUUCAAGGCGCCUGCACUCAGAAGGCACCUCGAUCACUAAGAAUGAAAUGUUUAAGAUCAUUGAAAACCAAAACGAGGCAAUUAAAAUUCUCAAGCGGGAAGUGGAGGCGUUGAAGAAAGGAGACGGGCGACCCAUAGCACGACCUCGAGGAAAAGGGAAAGGACCUUGGAAGUGGAGGGAGAUUCCAGUCAUUUCAGACGCCCUGUGACCGCCUAGCACCCAGACGAUCACGCUGGCUCAGAUUUUGGAGAACGUAACGGGUGGGCACGUCGGCGCUUGCCCCGACACUUCACUAUAAAGCAGCCGCUUGUGAGAAAAGUGUUGAUGGAGCCAGCAUAGACUAACAUACCACCGCUCUCGACUUAUGAUGGGACAACUGACCUAGAUGACCACCUCAGCAGUUACUUCACGAAGAUGCAAUUGUACAAUAGUUUCGACGUAGCUUUAUGCAAGGUGUUUCCGUUGACCUUUGCGGGAGUAGUGCUGGAUUGGUACCACCAGAUCGAGGAAGGGCGCAUAGAUUGCUUCAAAAAAUUUGCGGCGUUGUUUUUGGAAAAGUUUGCUAGUAGGCACCCUGUUUAAAAUCAAGCAAAAGAAGGGGAAACCCUGCGGGAGUUCUACGAGAGGUGGGUUCCGGUGGCUAUGGAAGUGAAGUAUGUGCAGCCACCAGUGUUGGGAUGUUGUUUCGAGGAAUGCACAACCAUUGAGGAGCUCUGUUGGGUGCUGUCGAAAAGGUAUGUGAUGUCCACGAAUGAUUUAGAUCGCAGGGUGCAGAAGGUGAUUUUAUUGGAGGAAGAAGGGUGGACAAGCGUCGAACAAGAGGAGAUGAGGGGCAUCCCCUGCGGAGAUAGGCGCCUAUGUUGGUCCCCACUUACUUGCCCACCUCCUAUGAGCCAAGACGAAGGAUGGACCCUGGCACCCCUCGCCCAAGGGGAAAGGGUCGCUUGUGGAGUUCAACGAUACACUAAAGAAUGUGCUCCAACAUGUGAGGUACAAGGGGUAUCAUGUGCAGUGGCCGGGACCAAUGAGGGGACAUCCAAAUGAGCAGAACCUAGACCGGUAUUGCGACUUUCACAGAGAGAGGACACAACACCACUGAUUUCUAUCAGUUAAAAACAGAGUUGCAAGGUCUGGCGAAUAGGUUAAUGCUCAAUGAAUUUUUCAAGAAGCCUAAGGAGAAGGCGCAUCGGAGCUACGUUGCUAGGAGUCUAGGACUUAGUUGGGGGCGGAGGAGUUGCCCCCGCCACCGUUUGACCUGGACCCAUAGGGGGCGCAUGAGCGAUUUCGGCUCUUGGUGGAGUCCAUUAGGAAUGAUCGAUCUAAGGGAAAAGUUGGAGGGUAAUCGCCGGUUGAGGGUUCUUCAGUUGACUCAAAGGAGGCGAUCCACAUCAGCUUCAACCAGACGCCUGACGAGGCGUGCAUACUCCCAUCUGUGGAGGCGCUAGAAAUACAAGGUGUAGUUGUGGGAUGCAAGGUGAAGAGGAUACUCGUCGACACGGGGAGGUCUAUGGAUGUGUUGUUAAGGAUACAAUAUCAUGGAUGCAACUCUCACCAGACAUGAUACAGCCAUCGAGUGAUCGGGGUUUCAGGGGCGCCUGCCAGAGGGAUUGGGUGUGUGAGUCUGUCAGGGACCUUGGGAGACGAGGUGAAAUGGGCCACUCAUGCCAUAGUCUUUGGAAUCAUGGAUUGUCCCUCUCCAUACAAGUCAAUUCUUGGUAGACCCCUCUUGGCCCUCUUCAAUGGAGUAGCCCCACUUGUCAUCAAACGCUGAAGUUCAUCGCUCCCUGGGGAGUGGGAGUGGCCCGAGGAAUAGGCACCCUUGCUAUGCUCGAGAGUCAAAAAAUGCACGCCCAAGGAAGAAUAAGAGAAUUGAUGCAGUGGACGUCGUGUCGGACGUGGUGCCACGAGAGGAGGCAGCUGAUGACGAGCUGUUGGUCGCGUUAGAAAUUGGGCACCCCGAAAGGCAAGUGAGGAUAUCAUCUCAGGAGCCCCCUGAGGUAGUGGAAAAGUUGGUUGCUCUCUUAAUAAGAGAGUUCAGAGAGAUUUUUCGCUUGGAGCCUAAAGAGAUGCCUGGUGUUGCGCCGGAAAUCGAAAUGCAGCAGUUGACAGUGGAUGAGGGAAAGAAGCCUAUUCAAUAAACGCAAAGGAACCUG